AUGAUCCUUACAAGUACAGUUCUCAACCUAACUCUAAUUGCAGAUGGCAUUCCUUUCUCAACUAGAGCUUACUGGAUGCGCCGAACAAAUCAAGUAUUGGGCGAACGAAGCGGCUUUCCCUGUCCAUUCGCUGUAUUUGGCACUGCCGUCGUUAAUCACACUGAUACCGAUGGAUUUGGAGAUCUGAUACGUAUCGGGGUUAACCAGAAUCGCCAGACCGGAAACCCGCCCCUACACGGAGAAAUAGCAGCCAUCACGAACUGCACUGCCAUACUGGCUGAUCCAUAUGGCCGAUUUCGACUAACGGCCUCUGAAGCUCAAGCUGCAUUUGUCGGCUUAACAUUGUAUACCAACGCUGAGAGUUGUCCUAUGACUGUCUUGAUUGGGGACGUCCUUGCGAAUGAGACCGACCCGUACUACUUGUGGCAGUUUGAUCCGGCUUAUCCUUGCCCUGAUGACUGCUCGCAUUUUGGCAAUGGCACUAGGUGUCGAGUUCAUACAAAGGAGGAGUUGAGAUAG